CGAAUUGCUCCGAAUCGUGUCCACAACGAUCUUUCAGGUUAUAUUUACCUGGAUAAUUGAAAACACACAUAUACGAUACUUUGAAGCAAAUAUUUGCAACAAAGACGAAUAUUCGCGUUAUCCUAGUGCUCGCUUAAAAAUGCAGAAAGAAAAAAGAAUGGGUUUCUGAAUGAAAAUAGGAGCGAUAAAUUUCGUAAGAUUCGGGGUUCUUAAAAUGUUACAUUUUGUGAAAUUCUGAGAAUCUCACGCUCUCUUUCGGUAUUAUUAUCGCAGGAUCUGAAAUCUGCUGGUAGUCCGAAGCGAAAUUUGUUUCGAGGGAAGAUUAAGAGCCAUGUCAGGACUGUUCGAGCAGAUCAAGCUGCUUUACGAUCAGGCAUUAUACUGCAACGUCAUCUCCCUGACGAACCUGGUGCUCUCUCUCAGCGAGCACAAUGCCGACUUGCUGCCUGGCUACAGCAAGUUUCAUGUGUACGUUUAUUACGCGGAUGCUCACUUUCACCUAGGCAAGUAUCGCAGAGCGGAAACUCUCUACAAGAAGGCUCUGCAGUUCCGCAAGUGUCUGCUAAAGUCCAAAGGCAUGGGGAAACCGUUAUUGGAUGGACAGAAGGAUCUGCCGUCGGAUGUCAACAUCAAGUAUCAGAUCCAUUUGUGUCUAGUCAAGUCCAAGAACCUGCAGGAAGCACUGCAAGUGCUACAGAGCAUCCCCGGCAAGCAGCGCACUGCCAAGGUGAACAUGGCACUAGCCAAGAUGUUUCACGAGCAGGGAAUGGAGCGAUCUGCUAUCACCACGUACAAAGAAGUCUUAAAGGAGUGUCCGUUGGCCUUGGAAGCAGCCGAAGGUCUUCUAUCUUUAGGGGUAAAUGGGGUGGAAGUAAACUCUCUAACCAUCUCCGGCUCAAUGAACUUGGAGUGGCUCAACACCUGGAUCAAGGCUCACGCUCAUAUUCAUAAUAAAGAAUUUACUCAAGCCGUAACUACGCUGAGGUCAUUGGACAACGUUGUUCUACUCAGAGAUAAUUUUAAUCUAUUGACUAUCAUGGGCGAGUGUUACUAUUACGCUGGCGAUGACAAGAACGCUCUGCUGUGCCUGAAGCGAGCCCGCCAGAUCGAGCCAGAUAUAACAAAAGGGGUGGACAUAUAUGCCGCGGUUCUGUACAAGAUGCAUCACAUCAAAGAAUUGGAGCGGCUGAUACCGGUGAUAACCGCUAACAACGAAUGUACCGGCGAAAUUUACGUUGCCAUGGCAUAUUCCCUGUACGCCGCUAGAAAAUUCAGCAGGGCAAAUACUCUCACUGCUCAGGCAUUAAACCUGAAUCCUAACGAUAUAGAGGCCACUAUAUUACGUGGCAAUAUUCUUAUUGAGCAAAAGAAGUAUCAGGACGCGAAUAUCUUUUUUAGACACGCCAUGCAGUUAAAGCCAUAUAGAUAUGAGCCGCAUAAAGGUAUGGUGGAUUGUCAUGUCGGGAUGCACAGAUUGCGAGAGGCUCUGAAUAUCGCCAGCGGCUGUUGCAAACAUCUUGGACAAACCGCAAGAGCUUUAACAUUGUACGCAUCCGUCUUGAUGAAAGAUCCUGUAUCAGUGAGCAAGGCUAAGAAUCUUCUUGAAAAAGCAUUGUCUCAAGAUGAGGUCCACUUAGCCGCGGUGUACCUGCUUGCGGAGAUAUACGAACAGGAAAUGAAUUUAGAAGCAGCCAUCGAACUACUCGAGAGACAGGUGGAGAUUCACUCUACCUGCAAGCUCCAUCAGACUUUGGGAGACUUAUGGGCGAGAGUACACAACGAGGAGAAGGCUCUAGAUCAUUAUGCCGUAGCUUUAAACUUGGAUCCAAACAACAGGAGAGCUAUAGAGGGAAUGCAUCGCUUAGAUAGUUCUUCUAGCAAACUGGAUUCCGGUUAUUAUAUGACCGUUGGUGAGGAACAGGCUGAUACGACCUACGAUGUCGGUGACGGUCUACCGGACACAGAUAACGACGAGGCGCCCGAGGAGAGUGAGACUGAAGCCAUUUGGUCGGAUAUGGAUUUGGAAGCCAAUAGUCAAUAGUCGUUCUUAUCGUAGAAAAGAAUAGCCAAUCGAGAUCGGUCCAAGUUUUGGCUUCUAAAUUAAUUAUAGUCGAUUUUUUUGGAAAAGAAUCUUGGGAGAAUAAUUUGUACGAAUGAAAUGAGACUGAGAUUGUUCGUGAUUAAUAUUAUUUGAGAGUAAUACAUCGUAGACAAUUUACUUCUUUUUAUAAUAAAUUCAAUAAUUGUACCGUCAUGGAGCUCUGUUGCCUACUUUUAAAAAUAUAAAAUAAAUGUUAAAUUUUUAUUAA